UUGUUUAGGGGUUAAUUUUAUUUUUGUAAACCCUAACCAACUAUUGAUAUUUGGCCUCUUUGGUGUUUUGAUUUUGUGUUCAGUUGGAAUGGCUUCCGAAAUCCCAAAGUGGAGGGUUCGUACUUCUUUGGAUUCAUCUUAUAUUAUUGGAAUGAAUCGUUUGUUGAGAAAAGAUCAUGUUCAACGAAUUUGUGAGACACCUUUUAGGUGGUGUGUGUACCUACUUGAGGAUGUGGACAUAAACUGUGAGUUAAUUAAGGUGAUGGUAUGUCGGUGGGUCGGGCAUGACGUUAGUUUUAGGCUGAGUCAUCAAUUGGUUCCAUUCACAGUUUUAGAUGUUUUCAUGACGACGGGUUUAGGUAUAGGUGGUUUAGAAGUACCGUUUGAUGAAUGUAUAGAAGGUUUGGUUGGAGAAAUGUUUAACAGAAAAAGCACAUCUUUGAAAGACUUGGUUCAGGCCUGGGCGGUGGAGAGAUUUUCCCUUGAUGGAAAUCGAAUUAAUAGAGAUUUCAGUCGCAUGCUCCGUUGGUUCCGGACUGCUGAAUUUAAGUCUGAGUGGUAUGUUGGGGAGCGUGUCCGUGACCUGCCCGAAAUCAAAGCUGCAUUUGAGUUGUUUGAUGGAGGGAUAGGUGUACCGCAGUUGCCAAAACGAUGUAGAGUUGAUGAAGCUGUAGAUGAUAGCUCCGAUGAUGGCACCUUUGAAGCAAACCUUGAGGAGACAUUGAAGAAGAAUAAUGAAGAAAUGAUGGCGUUGUCUUCAAGGCUAGUUUUUUUGAAGAAUGAGGUAUGUAAAAUUCGUGACAUUCCAAUUGUGAAUGAAGAAGGUGUUGGAGGAGUUGAUGAAGAACCUUUAGGUGGAGGUGAUGAAGAACCUUUAGGUGGAGGUAAUGAAGAACCUUUAGGUGGANAUGAAGAACCUUUAGGUGGAGGUGAUGAAGAACCUUUAGGUGGAGGUAAUGAAGAACCUUUAGGUGGAUGUGAUGAAGAACCAUUAGGUGGAGGUUAUGAAGAACCUUUACCUGGAGUUAAUGAAGAAUCGUUCAAUGAAGAAGCAUUCAAUGAACGUUCAAUGAAGAACCUAUGGCUGAAGAUGAACAACAAGUUGUGA